AUGAUACCACCGCGCAUAGUUCCGUGGAGAAAUUUUGCUGAGUUAGAGGAACUAAAAGGUUGGUUUUAUCCGAAUAGUAAAGACACCAUCAAUGGUAAGAGGCAUCGUGCCGUACAAAGGGUCCAGAGCUACCAACUCAAAGGCUCACAGUAUUUACCUCACGUGGUGGAUUCUACGGCACAGAUAACAUGUGCUGUCUUACUAGAUGAAAAGGAAACCAGUUUGGGUGCUCAUCGGGACUCCAUUCCUAUACGAUUGUCAUAUGUAAUGGCUUUGAUUCGGUUCGUCAAUGGCUUGUUGGAUCCAACGCAACAAUCUCAAUUCGCCAUACCUUUGCACACAUUAGCUGCGAAAAUUGAACUACCGUCUUGGUUUGUUGACUUGAGGCACUGGGGUACGCAUGAGAGAGAUUUACCUGGGCUAGAAAUGCUUCGUUGGGCUGCCAAUGAAGCAUUAUCAUGGCUAUAUGACCACUAUUGGAAUGAUGAGGAAUUAGAAGAUGAAGAAGAUGAUUCGGAUGGGGAUGGAAACGGUUACGGGUACGAGAGGAAUGACAAACUGGAGAGGUAUAUGGAUUCUUUGGCUAAAACACUUGAUAAGUGGAAACGGCUUAAAAGUGAGUUUUUAGAAUACAAAUGGGUGUGGGAAAGUGAACAAGAUAGUUUAAUCACUAGUAGCAACUUUUCUGGAGAUGAUCUGGUUAAUUACGAUUCUCGAAGAGGAAAAGGUGCACUUGAGGCUUCGUCUGAAAUUAUUAUCAGAGAAAAUUUACGCCAAUGGCAAGAACUCUGGAAAUUGUCUAUUUAUCAUAACGCAGUGAUUGAAAAAUUUUUCAAUAACUAUGACCAGGUUCUGCUCAAAGUAUUAAUAUUAAAUUUAAACAAUUUUGAUUGGAAGUUAAUAGAAUGGGUGGCCAGGAAUUACAAAACCCAGCAAAAUGAUGACCAUGCAACGACAAUGUUGAAAAAAAAAUUUCACGUGUGGGAAGAACUACGGAAAAGACUGCUAGAUGUUAUAAUAGAGAAUCUUAACAACAAGAAUAUUAAAAAUAAGUGGCAGAACUGGGAGAAAGUCAUCGAUGAAAAUGCAUCAUACCUGAUACUAUAUCUUUGUCAGUCCAUGCUAGCUAAAUUUGAAACCGAAAAGGUUAGUGGAAGUUCGUGGAGAAACAAAAAAAGGAAAAAACAACUUGAGAGCACAAUGGAGAUCGAGGCAAAACUAAAAGAAUACGUAGACAACUUGUCAUCGAGGUUCAACGAUGGCGAAAUAAAUGUGUAUGAUCUCACCCCCGCAGAGAAAGGGGACGUUCCAAUAAAGGUGGAAAUCAGUCCCGUAUUGAAAGUUGAUACCAACGAUAUACUGGGUGACUUGAAAUCCUUGAAGCAAAGAAUGUCUAGUGGGGGAGUGGUUAAUAAAACCCAGAACGGAGAGGGCAAAGAAACUUCACCCAUGAAAAAUUGGUCAAGAGUACAAAAUUGGGAACCUAAACCUUUUGGUGUUUUGUGA